AUGCCUGAGUUCCUAGCUGUGGUUUCUUGUCGGAUCCUGAUCCUUCUAGCCUUCCAGGUUGGCAUGACCACUGGAGCCUCCCAGCCAUGGCGUUGUGCUCCCUGCACUGCUGAGAGACUGGAGCUCUGUCCACCGGUGCCAGCUUCGUGCCCUGAGAUUUCCCGGCCUGCUGGCUGUGGCUGCUGCCCGACAUGUGCCUUGCCACUGGGCGCCGCCUGCGGUGUGGCCACUGCCCGCUGUGCCCAGGGACUCAGCUGCCGUGCGCUGCCAGGGGAGCCUCGUCCCCUGCAUGCUCUUACCCGCGGCCAGGGAGCCUGUGUACCAGAGCCUGCUGCCCCUGCCACAAGAACCUUGUCGAGCUCCGAGCGCGAAGAGGCAAAAGCUGCUGUGGUACCCGAGGAUGAGCUUCCCGAGAGCCCAGAGAUGACAGAGGAGCAGCUCCUGGAGAGCUUCCAUUUGAUGGCCCCCUCCAGUGAGGACCGGCCCAUCCUGUGGAAUGCCAUCAGCACCUACAACAGCAUCCGGGCUCGACAGAUUGCUGACCUCAAGAAAUGGAAGGAGCCCUGCCAACGAGAACUCUAUAAAGUGCUGGAGAGGUUAGCUGCAGCUCAACAGAAAGCAGGAGAUGAAAUCUACAAAUUUUAUCUGCCAAACUGCAACAAGAAUGGAUUUUAUCACAGCAAACAGUGUGAGACAUCCCUGGAUGGAGAAGCAGGACUCUGCUGGUGUGUCUAUCCGUGGAGUGGGAAGAAGAUCCCUGGGUCUUUGGAAAUCAGAGGGGACCCCAACUGCCACCAGUAUUUCAAUGUACAAAACUGA